AUGGCGAGCAGGUUCUGGGCAGGCAGCUCUUCCGAAGAAGAAGAGAGUGACGUAUCAGAUGUUUCAGACGUAGAAACAUCGCAGCAACAAGCUGCGCGCGCAGCGUCACGUUGGGCCGUGCAGUCUGACUCGGACUCGGACGAAGAGGUACGGGUGGUCAAAAGUGCCAAGGACAAGGCACUUGAGAGUAUUGAGCGCAAUUGCACUGGCAUCAAAAAUCACAUGAAAAUUAACGAUUGGAGUCAAAUUCAGUCGGAGUUUGACGAGUUGACUAAGCAGCUCGAGCGUGCCAAAAAGUCUAUGACUACACUGCCGAUCUUUUAUCUUCGUACGAUGAUGGCACUGGAGGAUUUUUUAAUGGAGAAGGUCAAGAACAAAGCUGAGCAAAAGAAGAUGAGUAAGGAAAAUAGUAAGGCGCUUAUUCGUAUGAAAGGCAAGCUUAAAAAACAGUUGGAACCCAUACGCAAACAAAUUGACGACUUUCGUGACAACCCUGUUGACUCAAGCAAUAAUGAUUCAGAUAGCUCCUCGUCCGAGUCGUCAUCAGACGAGUCUGAGUCAGAUGCAUCUUCUUCUUCGACUCAAAAUAGCGGCGAAGCCUCCGCGUCGGAGGACGAAAGUAGCGACGACGACAAGUCUGAAUCGGAUGAGGACUCAGACGAUUCGGACGAUUCGUGGCCAAGCAAUUCUUCUUCGUCUUCGUCGUCAUCAGAGGACGAUGACAACAUGCCUAAGGGCCGUGCGCGUUGGCUCAAGCAGACGCCUGUGGUAACCAAAGCCAAGAAGGUCAAGGGUCCUAAAAUUGUUAAGCAGCGUGAGACUCGUCGUGGUUCGGAGGAUGACACCAAGAAGGUUGUUGUCGAAGAGGAGUUGAAACUCAGUCCUAGUCAGUUUGACCGUCGGGUGAAGGAGGUGAUUGCAAUGCGCGGUAAGAAAGGCAUGGAUUUGUCGGAGCAGCUUAAUCUCCUUCGGAAACUUGCCAACUAUGCGCGCCGUCUCGGUCCUGCUCGUCAAAUCGUCGCAACCAUGUAUUUGGUGGGAACGUCUGUAUUCGACACAUCGUCCAAAAUUGAUCGCGUCAUGUCAGCGCGGCACUGGAAACAGGUGCAAACGAACGUGUGCACGAUCUUGACUCUCCUAGAAAAGAACCCCGACUUUUCAUUAGCCCCACUUUCGUCCGAAGACCAGGCUGACAUUGUGCGUGCUGGCCGCGAAAAGGUGACAGCGGCACAAAUUGCAGCUGCCGCAGCUGAAGAAGCUGAAGAGGAUCUACAUUUUGUUGAUUCGUUACCCCAGGCCGGCAAAAAAGGAACGAUUAAGGUAUCAGGCGAUCUUGUUACUUUUGUGGAGCGCCUGUCCGAGGAGUAUACAAAAGCGCUUCAGCAAACGGACCCCCAUACUACCGAAUACGUCGCUCGUUUGUAUGACGAAAGCCUACUAUUUGAUGUUGCAGAGCGUGUGCAAACAUUGUACACACAGAAGAAUGACCCUCAGCGCGCAGCUACCAUGGCCUUAAUUCGUGCCGAACUUAUUUACUACAAGCACGACUCUAUUGCUGCUGCACUGUACGAAGCCCAAGCUAAGCGUGCCGAGUAUGGUGACCCGAAGUUCCUUCACCCUGCUUGCACGAGCGUCAGCGCUGUAAAGACCAAGAAAUUUGAUGUCACGGCCUCUCAUCCCGCGUCAAUUAUGGGCCAGCCUACCGUGAAUGUUUCUGUCAUCGACUCAGAGAAGCAUCUGCGCGACAUUUGUCGUUUUGUGUUUCAGCAUGGUGAUAUUCGUGCCAAGACCCGUGCUAUGUUGUGCCGCAUCUACCACCAUGCGCUGCAUGACCGUUUCCACGAGGCCCGCGACCUACUUUUGAUGUCGCACAUUCAGGACAACAUCACCGACGCCGAUAUUCCCACGCAGAUUCUUUUCAACCGUAUGAUGGCGCAGCUUGGUCUGUGCGCAUUCAGAUGCGGCCUCAUUUGGGAAGCGCAUGCGUGUUUGUCAGAGAUAUGUACCGGGUCGCGCACCAAGGAGCUUCUGGCCCAGGGUCUACAGUCAUUUCGGUAUGGUGAACGUGAUCUGGAGCAGGAGCGUCUCGAGCGUCGUCGCCAGGUGCCAUAUCACAUGCACAUUAAUCUUGAUUUGCUCGAGACAUGCCACCUCGUGAGCGCAAUGUUGCUUGAGGUGCCAAAUAUGGUUAACGCACGUCUGUCGGAUCGCAAGCGCAUGGUGUCCAAAGCCUUUCGAAAGUUGCUUGAGUUCCAUGAGCGUCUCGUGUUUGAGGGCCCUCCUGAAAACCCGCGUGACCAUGUUGUUGCCGCUGCAAAACUUUUGGCUCAGGGCUCUUGGCGAAAAAGUGCCGACCUCUUGGUUAAUUUACCCGUGUGGGAAUUAUUCCCAGGUCUUAAUGUACCUCAACAAGUCAAAUCAAUGGUUCAGCACAAGAUUCAAAUUGAGGCUUUACGGACUUACCUGCUGGCGUUUGGAUCUGAAUAUGACUCGGUGAGCCUUGCCCGACUCAUGGAGAUGUUCGAGCUUGAUGACAAGACCGUCCACAAUGUCGUUUCCAAGAUGAUGAUCAACGAGGAGCUCCAGGGUGCCUGGGAUCAGACCUCACAAGCUAUUGUCCUGUACAAAACAGAACACUCGACGUUACAAACGAUGGCAGUGCAGUAUUCGGACAAGCUUUUGCAGAUUGUCGAGAACAAUGAGCGAAUGAUGGACCUUCGCUCGGGAACCAGCAAGGACGAAUGGGGCAAUCGUCGAACCGGAGCUGACGGUCGCCGUGUAGGAGGACGAAUUGGUUUUAGCACCAGUGGCAGCCGACGUGGAGACAACCAAAGUGGACGCGGAGGCUUCCGACCUCGUCGUGGAGGAGGCAGUGGUGGUGGUCGAGGACCUCGACAGCAGCAUCAGUAG